ACCAAAGCGGUAGCCAUGGUGACCGCGUCCACCACCCCCUUCCCCCGCCUCCUCGCCCCGGCCCGGUCGAACCCCGCCGCGCGCCCCUCCCUCUCCACCCGCCGCCCUCCCACGCUCUCCUCCUCCCGCUCCGUCGUCUCCGUCCGCCGACGCCUCGCCGCCGCAUCCAAUGAUACCACCAGCGACAAAGAGCAGGAGCAAGAACCGUCCACGGCGGCGGGCGGAGCCGCAAACCCCGCCGAGGAACCGCCGGUUUCUCCGGAGAAGACCCAGGAGGAGGUGGCGGCGGAGCUGAAGGAGGUGAUGCGCGCGCGCAAGGAGGCGGAGGUCGCCGGAGGCGGCGGCGGGUGGUGGGCCGGGGUGACCCAGGAGAUGUCGGAGAUCGAGUGGCCGGCGCCCGGGAAGGUGCUGGGCACCACGGGGGUCGUCCUCGGCAUCAUCGCGGGCUCCACGGCCGCGCUGCUCUCCGUCAACGCCGUCCUCGCCGAGCUCUCCGACCGCGUCUUCGCCGGCCGGGGCCUCCAGGACUUCUUCUAAGGGUGAUGUGGCAUCCAUCUGUCUCCUUUUGUAUUUCGAGAAUUCAGAUAGGCGUAUAGUCCGUUCGCUGUAUCCAUGGUUUACAAAAGAGCAUGGUUGUGUUCCAAGAAAAAUAUGGUGAUGUUUGGGAGAAAAUUUCAAUGUGCUAACUUGUGGAUACAGUUCAGUCUCUGGGAAAGAAUUUCACAUUGUCA